ACCGACGGCCACGAUCACACCCGAGACGAAGAAUUGCUUCUUGUAUACAGAUCUCUCCCCUACUCUCUCCCCUCGUCGCAGCGGAAGAGAGACGAAGCUUCUCCUCGAGGGGGACCGAUGAGAACCCAUCUCCUCCUCCCAGUGUCUCUCGCGAUCUCAUGCCUAUGCCUGUCGUGGAUCUCCGGACUCGCUUCUCUCCCUCCCCGCGAGCUGCUUGGAAUUGCCCCCGAAGAUGAGAACUUCUACAAGUCGGACGUGAUUAAAUGCAAGGAUGGAUCCAAGAAGUUCACCAAACAGCAGCUGAAUGAUGAUUUCUGUGACUGCCUAGAUGGAACCGACGAACCGGGAACAUCGGCCUGCCCAGAAGGUAAAUUCUAUUGCCGGAAUCCGGGUCACAUUCCACAGAUGAUCUACUCUUCUCGUGUAAAUGAUGGCAUUUGCGAUUGUUGUGAUGGGAGUGAUGAAUAUAAAGGGAAUGUGAACUGCCCAAACACAUGUUGGGAGGCUGGGAAAGCAGUGUGUGAAAAGUUGAAGAAGAAGAUAGCAACACAUCAGGAUGGAUUAGUUAUCCGGAAACGGGAAGUUGAAAAGGCAAAACAGGCAUUUGCCAAAGAUGAAGAAGAAUUGUCGAAGCUGAAAAGCGAAGAGAAGAUACUUAAAGGACUUGUUGAUAAACUCAGAGAGCAUAAAGAACAAAUAGAGAAGGCAGAGGAGGAAGAACGUCUGAAAGAGGAGGAAGAAAAGAAACAAAGAGAUGCUGAAAGACAAUCAACUGAGCAAAAUAAGUCAUUGGAGGAGUCUCCACUGGAUCACUCUGAGGGUACUCAUGACACAUUGUUGGAAACGACCAGUCAGCUGGAUAAGAUGGAUAUUGGUCAUGAAUCUGUAGAUCAAUUGGAAAAAGAGUAUAAUUCUGGGAUUGAUAUUCCUGCUGAUCACACUGUGGGUCAGGUUGUUGAUGAUCAUCAUAACUUCAUCAGAUCUGAUCAUGGUUCUGAUGAUACAAGUGCUGAGUUACCUUCAGGCCUUUCUACAGAUCAGCAUGUAUAUGAAGACAAAACUACAACUAAUGCUGGUCCUAAUUAUGAAACUGGAGCCAAGGAGAUUGAUUCAGAUCAUGCCGCAGAAAUGGAGAAGGGUUCUGAGAGCGCAGAUGGUUUAUCAAGAGAAGAGUUGGGACGGCUUGUAGCAUCACGAUGGACGGGUGAACACUCCAUGAAAGAAACAAAUGAACCUGAUGAUGCAAAAGAGGAAGAACAUGAACAACAUGAACAAAAUCAAGAUUCUUCAGACAGUGUAGAAGAAGAAAGUUAUGACUCUGACAUUGAUGAUGAUAGACAUAAGUUUGAUGAUGAUGACUUUGAAGAUGAAGCAGAUGAAGAAUAUGGAGAAGAUCAUGUUGAACCUGAUGGCUCUUAUGACCCUGACAAAGAUUACAGUUCUGAGUUAUCAGAUUUAACUCCAUCAGGUAGCUCAUCAUGGGUGGACAAGAUACAACAGACUAUUCAAAAUAUCCUUCAAGCUUUUAACUUUUUCAAGAGUCCUGUGGAUAUAUCAGAGGCCUCUCGUAUUAAAAAGGAAUACAAUGAUGCCAACUCAAAAUUGUCCAAGUUGCGAUCAAGAAUCUCCAGUCUGACCGAAAAGCUAAAACAUGAUUUUGGGAAAGACAAAGAAUUUUAUUCAUUUUAUGAUCGUUGCUUUGAGAACAAGCAGAACAAGUAUGUUUAUAAGGUCUGUCCAUUUAAAAAGGCUUCUCAAGUUGAAGAUCAUAGUACUACGCAAUUAGGGAACUGGGAGAAAUUUGAUGAAUCUUACAGAGUAAUGCAAUUUUCUAAUGGAGACAGAUGCUGGAAUGGCCCAGAUAGAAGUUUAAAGGUUAGGCUUAGGUGUGGUGUGAAAGAUGAGCUUGCUGAUGUGGAUGAACCAAGCCGAUGCGAGUAUGUUGCAAUUCUCUCCACUCCUAUCGUAUGUCUGGAAGAUAAGUUGAAGGAACUGCAACAAAAACUUGAAGAUUUGAACAAAAGUCAACCUUCUAAGCAUGAUGAGCUAUAGUCUCUUUGCAAAUUGGAAAGAACAUGAAGUUCCAGUCAGGCUUAACAGGUUCUUAAACAACCUUUCUUCUGAGAAAAUAUAGAGAAUCUUGCAGAGAAGUAAGAUGCGGACUUUUUACUCGAGAAUGUCAUGAAGCCAUCUCCCACUAUUUUGGAGUUCUUAGGCUUACUUCAUGAUGUGUCGUAUGUGAACUGCUGAUUGAGAAUUAGGCCAAGUCACGAGGAAACCUCUUGAUUUAUUUGAGAAAUCAGCACUCUUAUUCAGCUGAUUGAUCAGACACCAACCACUACUACUACAUGGUGUAAUUUCAGGUACUGAGUCUUGUUGAUCCAAGUAUUACUUUUAUAGUUUGAUAACCUUACCUUAUCAUUGAAGAAAUACUUUUAGAACAAGCCUCAGGGAGACCCAAAGGAAACAAAUUGAGAGAUUGUAAGCAUACAUAAACUAAACUGGUUUGAUCUUUGAAUAUGGUCCUUGCAUGACUGCCUUUCCUUGUUA